AUUUUGAAGGAAGUAUAGAAUCUGAGUCUGUUGGGAAAGUUCUAAACCUAAUAGCAGAAUCAUACCCAAAUUUGGAGUAUCUUAAUAUAUCUGUUUUAGGUAAUUUAUUUCAAUGGAAAAUUGAUAAAGGUCUAACUGCAAUCGCAGAUUCAUGUCAUAAAUUAGAAU